AUGACGUGCUGUGAAGGGUGGACAUCCUGCAAUGGCUUCAGCCUGCUGAUUCUGAUUAUUUUAGGAGUAGUUAUCAAUUGUAUACCUCUGGGUAUCAGCUUGAUGGAGGGAGAUUCAGCUUCUCAAAACCCCAUCUCUUGCUAUGAGUGGUGGUUACCAGGAAUUAUAGGAGCCGGUGCGCUGGCCAUCCCAGCAACAACAAUGUCCUUGGCAUCGAGAAAAAGAGCAUGCUGCAAUAACAAGACAGGGAUGUUUCUUUCAUCGCUCUUAAGUGUAAUCACAAUCAUCGGUGCGGUGUAUUGCAUGUUGGUAUCACUCCAGGCUCUCUUGGAAGGUCCUCUCAUCUGUAGCUCUCAAGCCAACAGCACCGUCUCUUGUGAAUUUUCAUUGAGAAACUUAAGUGACUUCCAUCCUGAAUCCUUCAGUCUGCAGUGGUUCUUCCAAGACUCUUGUGUUUCUCCUACUGGUUUAAAAAACUCCAGCAUCAGUGACAUCAUCAAUAACUGGAGCAUACCAAACUCUAACUCUGAAGAAGACAGACAUAGGAUUUUCCACUUCUCAGUAUUUCUCGGUCUCCUGCUUGUUGGAAUCCUUGAGCUCCUGUUCGGGCUCAGUCAGAUACUCAUUGGUUUCCUUGGCUGUCUGUGUGGUGUCUCUAGAAGAAGGAGUCAAAUUGUGUAG